AUGGCGUCCCAAAAGGAUAACCUAAGUAUAAGGCAAGUAAUGGCCACGUUACAUGCCGAAAACGAGUCAGAACUCGACUCAGAUUUAUCGUCAGGUAUCGAAGAGGAAACAGAUUCAUCAGCUGAUGAAUUUCAAGCCUCUUCAACGUGCAAUGUUGAUCCAUGCUUCCAAAAUUCAGUGUUUCACAGUGAUGACAAUCCCCAACAAGUAAGUAAAUGAUCUAAUUUUUGUAUUAUUAUAAUGUUAUUGAUUUUAUAUUGAAGUAAAUUUUCAAUAUAAAAUGUAGUCAAUUUUGAAACAAAGAUAUGCAUGCUAUAACAUAUUACUCACGCUCAUUGAAAUCUAGAAGUAUUCUUUCUAGACAUCAGCAAAUUGGCUGAUGGCAAGGCUAAAAGUUGUGGUUAGAAAUUCCCUGAUGACAAGGGCAUGUGAUGAUGCUACAAAUAAAGAGUAUCAGCCAUAUUUUUGUUUCAUAACCUUUUGUGUGAUAUGUAGUCAUUUUCAAAUUUGUAGGAAUCUUGCAACAGUGACAUCACUGCUACUAGUGACAACGAACCCAGGCCUAGUACGUCAAGAGCGAGCGUCGGACCCACUGUACGCGGGCGUGGAAAGGCUACAGGGCGUGGAAAGGCUACAGGGCGUAGACGUGGUGCGAAUGCCAAUGGUACACAGGCACAAAGGAAUGCUGAGGAAAGUCACUUCAAGUGGAUACCUGCUACUGGUAGACACCAAAAUCCAAAUGCUGAUAAACCAUUUUUGGAGAAGGUUGGUCCUACACGAAGGUUAGUUGGUUUGACUGAACCUAUCGAGUACUUUUUGGCUUUUUUCACUAUGAACCUAGUGAAUGAGCUAGUAACACAAACAAACUUGUAUCAUGAUCAAAAGUAUCCUGAUGGCAAUGACAACUUUACGCCAGUUUGUGCUGAAGAAAUUUUAGCAUAUAUCGGAGUUGUUAUUGCCAUGGGGUUGUACAAACUUCCAAAACUUGACGACUAUUGGAAGAGAAAUGGAAUAUCACAUAUGCCUUGGUUCUCGUCAAUAUUUUCUCGUACAAGAUUCAGAGCACUAAGAAGGUAUUUCCAUUUGAGAGACAGCACAAAAAGACCAGAUAAAAAUCACAAGGACUAUAAACUGUACCAAGUGAUCCCAAUCAUAUCCUGUUUGACAGCAACAUUUGGUAGUUUGUACGUGCCAUCCCAGAAUGUAAGCAUUGACGAAAUGCUUCUUGGAACUAAAUGUCGGGUGUCAUUUACUCAAUAUAUGCCAAAAAAGCCCAAACGAUUUGGCAUAAAAUUAUGGGCUUUGUGUGAGGCUAAGACAGGUUACUGCUGUGCAUUCCAAGUAUACACUGGUAGGGAAGAUGCUGCCAGACCUGAAUUAGGACUGUCAUACAGAGUUGUGUUUGAUCUCAUGAAGAACUACCUCGACAAAGGUUACAGACUUUUCAUUGAUAACUUCUAUACUUCUGUACAAUUGGUCUAUGAUUUACUACAGAGGCUUACAUAUGCCUGUGGUACACUGAGAUCAAACAGGAAAAAUUUACCCUCGCAAUUGAAAGAACAAUUGGGAACUGGCGAACCAAAAUUUUGGCGUUGUGACAAUUUAGUCGUUACUCACUGGAAAGAUAAAAGAGAUGUGUUUGCUAUGUCUUCCAUGCAUGGAAAUGAUAGUGAGGUUAUUACCAACAAAAGAGGUGACAAACAAACUACCAAACCAAAAAUGAUAUGCGACUACAAUGAAAACAUGGGGGGAGUUGACCUGUGUGAUCAACUUGUCUCAUAUUACAACAUCAGCAAGAAGUCCUGCAAGUGGACUCAAAGAUUAAUUUUUAGACUUAUAGACAUGUGCAUUGUAAAUUCUCUUGUUGCAUUCACUGCCAACAACCCUGCUUUCAAAGAUGUGUAUCGAAAACACAAAGUGUUCAGAGAAACAUUAGCACAUCAGCUGGUGCAAAAGUUAUUGGACAGAAGAGCCAACCCAAAUGUUGCUUCACCACCGGGCCCAGGUAGACCAGCACAAACUAACGAGAAAAGAUUAUUAGGAAAACAUUUUGCAAGUAGGCAUGAUGUUCGAAGACGAUGUGUUGCUUGUUCCACAAAGAGGACAGCUGAGGGCAAAUAUGUGGACAAAAAGACAAACAAUUAUUGUCACAAGUGUGAGAAACAUAUAUGUCAAAUGUGUUUCGAAAAGUAUCACACUUGGUCCAAUGUAUAA